AUGGCAAUAAUACAAAGAAGGACUGCAACAAUUGCAUCCUUGUUGAUUAUUGUAUUAUGGUAUUGCUUCUGUACUCAACACAGCAUUGAGGCGAGUAACCCAAAAGUAGUGGGUGUCGUAUCAACUAUUGGAACUGAUCAAGAUAAUGUGAAGACUUUGUAUGACUUUGGACCCGAUUGGAAUGAAGGUACAUACGCUUACUGGGGUGUUUUCAAUGGUUUUCAAUCAGGAACAAUCUUCUUUAAUGGUGACACCACCCCAUUAUUGGCUGGGUUGAAUCCAUCCAACUAUAUGUGUGUGGUAAUGUAUUCGUCAAACAAACCCUCAAAUGAAAUUGUUCAAAAGGGUUGCCUCUAUUCAUCAAAGCAAUUAGAUAUAUUCUCAGCGACUGCAUCAGCAUACGGCUUUUAUGUUACUGUUAGAAAUUUAGGUUCGGUAGUGAUGGCUGAGCAAGAAUUUCCACCAGGAACAUUCAUUACAAGAUUAAACCUAGAAGCAAUAACAGUUGAAAAUGGGGCCAAAGUUGUUCAUUCCAAUGCAACCAAUUACGUUGCAUGGAGUGGUAUGGCACGUUUAGAUUUCAAGGAAGCUGAUUUUUUGGUUGUGGUUGGUAAUGCUCAAUGCUCUCUCUCAAGUCAGGAUACUGACAAAUUAAUCUUUGAAGAUUCGUCCGAGUUGACUCUUCCACAUACAUGCGAAAUGACUUCUUUCGCUGCUCUAUACACUGCAACUUAUGAUUCAAUGACCUUGGGAAAAAAGCAAAUGAUAGAACAAAUUAACCAAAGAAGUACAUUCAUAAAGAAGGUUAUCAAGUCAUCUACUACUUCCUUCUGGGUAUAUGGUAAUUUUGUUGACUAUACUUUAUUUGAUAAUGAGAGACGCUAUGGAAAACAAGCUCCUUUCUUUAGUUAUUAUGAAAUUGACCCAAGCAAUACCCAACCUUUCACACGGAAACACAGUACGUAUAUUUCUUCGUUUCAACCAACAUACUCGGCUGAAGCAAACGAUAUGAAAAUAAUUCCAGCUGACGGACAAAUUGAAAUAUACAUUGUUGGUUAUGUGGAAAUACCAAGCUCAUUUUUAUGUUGCUUCUUGAAGAUUGGUACUGCCGAGCCAUAUCGAGCUAGAAAGCUAGAAAUUGAAGGUGAUGUAGUAUUUACAGGAAUAGAUACCAACACAAAUACUCAAGAAGUAAUCGUUACGGGUCACUUUGCAGGUACAAUUCAAAUUGGUUCCACCAAAUUGACAAGUAGUGGAGGACGAGAUAUUGUGGUUGCUGCUUUCAAAAGAGUUACUUUAGAUGCUGUUUGGGCUAUUAAAGAAGGAGGCUCAAACGAUGAUUAUUCAUAUGGAAUUAAGAAUAAUAAUAAUGAAUUCAUAUCAAUUUUUGGCAAACUUGGCUUGAAUCCAAAAUUUGAUGGUAAGAAUGUAUCUGUUUCUGUGUCAACUGCAUCAAACGGAUUCAUUGCGCAUUUAUCAGAUCCUAAUUAUUGUUAUGGAAUUGCUAGUAAUACUGAGACUGUUUGUAAUGGUCAUGGUCAAUGUCAAAAAGAUGGCAGUUGCCUUUGUAGUUCAGGUUUUGGAGAUCAGUGUGAAUUCCCAACUUGUAACGAAAUACACUUUAAUGAAACAAAUGUUUGUAAUGGGCAUGGUAACUGCACUGAUUAUGAUACUUGUUCCUGUAAUGAUGGAUGGACUGGUGCUAAUUGUAAUAUACCUGUUUGUUUUGGUGUUAGUGAAGGUGAAAGUUGCAGUCAACAUGGUUCCUGCAUUUCAAAUAAUACUUGUCAAUGUAAUAAUGGAUGGUUUGGAAGUAACUGCUCAAUUCAUUCAUGUAAUGGAACAAGUUCACAAGAUGAGCAAAAUAUUUGUAAUAAUGGCAAUGGUAUAUGUGUAUCUGCAGAUAUGUGUUCAUGUAACCAAAAUUGGACAGGUCAAUUCUGUGAAAUUCCUAAAUGUUUUGGAUUGAAUUCAAGUGAUAUUUCAGUUUGUUCAAGUCAUGGGCAAUGUAUUAAUGCUAACACUUGUAGUUGUAAUAAGGGAUGGUUUGGAGCUGAUUGUUCAAUUCAUUCAUGUAAUGGAACAAGUUCACAAGAUGAGCAAAUCGUUUGUACUAAUGGCAAUGGUAAAUGUGUAUCUACAGAUAUGUGUUUAUGCAAUCAAUAUUGGACUGGACAAUUCUGUGAAAUUCCAAAGUGUUUUGGAUUACCAGCAAACGAUUCAAAUGUAUGUGCUGGUCAUGGUAAAUGUCUCUCCCCUGAUGUUUGUUCUUGUAAUCCUAAAUGGUUUGGGGCUAAGUGUAAUUUCCCAUCUUGUUUUGGAAUUCCAUUUUACAAUUCUUCAGUUUGUUCCUCCCAUGGCCAAUGCAUAACCUUGGACACAUGCAAAUGUCUAGAUGGAUAUGAUGGAGAAACUUGUUCCUCUCAUUCAUGCUUUGGUUUUAAAUCCAAUAAUGACUCGAGAGCUUGUACGAAUGGUCAAGGAAAAUGCACAGGUGCUAAUCAAUGUACUUGUUUGGAAUCCGAAAGUGGAAGAGCAAUAGGUCCACAAUGUGAAACGAUUUUAUGUAAGGCAGGAGUUGAUAUGUGGUUACCACAAAAAGAUCCAAAAGUUUGUUCUCAACAUGGUAUAUGUAAAUUCAACAUGUCAACUGUUGGAUGUUUUUGUGAGGAAGGUUACGAAGGGCCAAUAUGUCAGUAUCCAAUCUGCUAUGGAAUUUCAUCGAAUUCAAAGAAAGUUUGCAAUGGAGUUGGUAAAUGUAAUGCUCCAAAUAACUGUUCAUGUUUUGAUAAUGAUAUUGAUGGUCACUUUGUUGGAACAAAUUGUGACAAGUGUAAAAUUCCAUACUCUGGAAUUAAUUGUACUGUUAUUGAAAAGUGUAAUGCUACAUUGAAAUGCAAUUCACAUGGUACAUGUGAUGACUAUGGUUUCUGUACUUGUUUCCAAGACGAAACUAACGGUUAUUGGAAUGGAACUAAUUGUAAUACUUGCAAUGAUGGAUUUUAUGGAGAAGAUUGCAUGACUCAAUUGUCCAAUGUACAUUUCAAUAAUGAAGGAAAUGGAUUACUUUUCCAAAUGACCUCUCCAAAUCAUUUCACAUCCUUAAAUGUUGAUUGUAACAAUUUAUUAGAUUCUUCAAGUAUUUCCUCAUUUGGUUCAAAUGUAGUUUGUAGAUAUUCUAAUAAGACAUCCAAUGAUUUUAUUAUUGAAUUGGGAACUGAUAAUUCUAUUCAAGUUGAUCAAGAAAUUUUAUUGAAUAGAAAUGUGUUUAAUAGAAACAAAUUAGGAAAUGAUUAUCAAUCAUUCAAAAUUGGAAAUGCUGAAAAUCCCAUUCCACCAACAAUUUUAAUUUCUCAAAAAACAACAUAUUCAAGUUGUGAAAAUAUUCUAUUGGAUGCAAGUGAAAGUUAUUCCACAGAUGGAAAACAAAUUUCCUAUAAAUGGGAAAUUGUAUCUUCCAACAUGAUGACACUUCCAAACAAUAAUUCAAGCAAACUGUCAAUCACCUAUGACAGUAUAAAUGCUGGAAGUCAUACUUUCAAACUGACAACUACAAGCCAAAGUUUGAAAACAUCCUCAUCCAAGCAAAUCACAUUCCAAAAGUUGAAUUAUGCAACACCUGUCAUUUCUAUUGAAGGAAAAUCUCCUGAACAAAUUCCACCUUCAAUAACACCAGCUAACUCGCCUCCAUCAAAAUUGAAUAAGGGAACUUUAUUAAGCGUACAAAGUAUUGUUUCGAGUGCAAGUAACAAUAUUAUUAGAGAAUGGACAAUGAAUGGUCAAUCUAUUCCUUCAGAAUUGACAAGAAAUAUGAGAAUGCAACUUUCUGAGUCUGACGAAUUAAUUUUGGACACAUCUUCUUUGACAGAAGGUGCAACUUAUCAAAUUUCUUUCAAAGUUACUAAUGUUGAUUCUUUGUUAUCUGCUUCAUUGAAUCAUUCAUUUGUAAUCAACAAAUCACCAAAACCAUGUGACUGUCAAGUGUCACCUUUGAGUGGUAUUGCAAUGACAACAAUAUUUACUUUCAAUUGUCCAAAAUGUCAAAACGAUCAGAAUAGUAAUACUUUUGAAUAUGGUUUUAUUGAUGACUUUUCAAAAUCCAACUUUCCACUUUCUAAAACAGAAGAAUUAUAUCAAAAACUUCCAAUGCCAAAUUCUGGAAACAAAUUAGAUCUUUAUGUCAAGGUAAUUGAUUCAUUGACAGGAUCUAGCUCCAUAACAACCAAACAAGUUACCAUUUCUCUUCCGGUUGUCAAAAGUUUAGCAGGAAUCAAAAAGUUAACAGCCUCAUGGAACCAAAUAGCAACAUUGGCUCCUGUUGGUGAUUAUCAACGAAGUGUUUUCAAUACUGCAACCAUUUCUAGAACAAUGAAUUUAUUAUUUAAGAGUAUAAGUUCAAAGAGAGAUUUUUGUAAUGGAAAUGGACAAUUUAAAGAUGGGAAAUGUGUUUGCAAUUCUGGAUUUACAACAAGUAAUUGUAAAUGGUCCACUGAAGAUUUUGAAUUUAUUCAAUCUUUAAUUAGAGAUUUAUUGAAUGAUUUUAUGGGUUCAAGUCAAAUCAUGACAACCGCUUCAGAAUCAACAAAUAGAAAUUACAUUACAAAUUUAUUAUUUGGAUUGAAUUCAAUUUCACAAAAUUCUGAAUAUCUUUCUAACCAAAUGGUCAACUCUAGUUUAAUUUUAUUGAGAGAUGCUUUGGUAUCAGUUCAAUCAAGUACCACCUUUGUUCUGUCUAGAGGAGAUUUGGUCAACUUGCAAAAUAUUUUGAACUUACAAGAAAAUUUAAUGGAUGGUGAAAAAUUAUUGGAAACUGUUGAAUUAUUAGGGCAAGUUUUAUUGAGAAAUGUUUUAAUUGGUCAAAUACCAUUUAAAUUUGAAACUAACAGUUAUUUGACAGUUUUAAACAAACAUUUCAAGAAUCAAAUGAAUGGAAUGAAAUUCGAAAGUGAGAUGGUGAAUAUCACGUUACCAUGGAACAUUUCAUCUCUCUUGAAAACUAAUUCAAUCAAGUCACCAAUCAAGUACAGAUGGAAUAUUCAAAAAAAUACAGACACCAUUGCAAUUGCAAAUCAACCUGGAAAGAUAAUAUCAAUCAAUUCAGUUGUGAAUAGUUUACAACUUGAUCCUUCACCUCAAUCUUAUUCGAAAUACUUAUUCGACAUUGAGAUGAAACAAUACGACAGUCAGGCAGCUUAUGUUUGUGCUAACAUUGGAUCAGCAUCAUUGGAAACUGAUUGUUCCAUUUCUAUCAAGAAUAACCAAAUAGCAACUUGUGAAUGCUCUUCAUUAGGAUAUAAUCUUGUAAUUCUUGAAUACAAAUCCAUUGAAAAUCAUGUAUCAACCUCCUCUUCAUCAAAUUCAAAUAUAAUUGUCAAAAAACCUCCAACGAGCAAUCCAUUAAUGUGGUUAUUAUUGUUACUAGUCCUCAUUCCACUUACUGCCCUACUAAUUGCAGUAAUUGUAUGGUUUGUAGUAAAGAAACUGGGUAAAGAUAAGAAUAAUACAAGAAAUCCAUACAUGCAAACACAAGAAAGCAGUUCUACAAUUGAAUUGAAGCAUGUUUAA